UCUCGAUCAAUACGCGCCCGCCGACGCCGUGCUUGUCGUUCAUGCGUAAGUCUGUUGCCCGUGCUCCUCUUAACUCUUUCGUCGAUGACCAGUGUCCCGCUUCUGGAAUAGGGAUUCUCAUUGAGAAAAUGGUUCUGAUAAUAAGUGAUUCUCUUGCGAACUUCACGACGUCCGAUGCCGAGCGCAUUCAAGUCCUCCGGAAAGAUUACGUUCCCGAAAUGGGACGUGAUUUUGCGGACACAAGAACGGUGUCCUCUAGGCUGUGCGAUGGAGGACACGUCUGUUCUCCUCCGAAAGAGUGCUGUUCUUACGGCUGUUGUUACAGUGUUUUUACACCGGUACAUCCCCAUGUCUCAGAGAUGUUCAAUUUCUUGAUUUGGACUUAUUGGUAUUUGUGGGCAGCGGUGCUCACAGCCUUGGCCAUAGCCGCAGCGUGCGGCUUUUGGCUGUGGAAACGUCGACGUUCAACGCUGUCGGAAGACUGCGUUUCCUCGGAGAGGACUUCCUCGGGUCCGUGGUAUCCGCCUCCUCAUUACAGCCGAUGUAGUUCCUUCGUUCAGGCCUUACCACCACCCUACAACGAGGUCACCGCAAAACCAGACCUUUAUCCGCUAGUGAUCGGUUACGACGAGAGUACGGGCAAAGGGACUUCCGGCUUCGUAAUGCGCUACUUCAGAUCGCUGUCUCACGCCAGCACGUUGGACUCGCUGAGCUCCAGCUUCAUGUGCAACAUGGUGAACGAGGCGAACACUAUAAUUCCACCGCCGUACUCUUGCAACAACAGCGUGGACGAGCUGUCGGCGGCGGGGUGCGUACGCAGAGAGACCGGCGACGUCGGCUCGGUCGUUUCCUUGACGAAUCAUAGAACAACUUCUGACAUAUCAAGCCUGGCCGCUCAAUCGCCUUGUUCCCCGCCGAGAGCUACCAGCCCGACGAUAGAACUGCGAGAAUUGUUGGACAAGAUACAGCAGCUUCCGCACCUGUCUAACGGACACUCCAUCACCAACAAUAGCAUCACCUCCUCCACCGUCUUGCCUUGUCAGCAGCAUCAACAGCAACAGCAACAGCAACAGCAACAGAACCAGACUCCGGUCUUGUACGUGACGAGCAGCGACGGUUGCACGCAACAACGGCCUCUGAGUCCCGGUGACAUCGGCUCGUACAGGGUGCGGAGGACCCGGGGCAAGCUGUACAUGCCGUUAGGCCUACCGAGCUCGCGCAACAAGACGAAGCGGUGGUUGUCGCGCUCGGCACCAACGACACCUUCGGGAACGAUGCCGAUGUCGUUCCUGCCUGGACAGAGCAGAAGGCCGUCGGAGGCGGACAACAACAACCAGCAGGCGGUGCCGUUGCUCGCUGAGCAGGAUGAAAACGAGAACAAUAACGCGGAUCAGCCGCAGCCAGGCGCGCCGUUACUUGCCGAGCAAGAAGAGGACCGACCGACGACAUGACGCAUGGUUUAACACUUAAAAUGGCGUAGAUUUUGGAGCAGAGCUGUCUGACGGUUCCUUCGUGUCUCUUCUUCAUGUGCGCAGACGCUCGACGAAUCUCCGGAUCUCGAAACCGUGGCCGAAUUUCAAGCUCAUCUAAUCCUCUUGGAACGAUCAGGAUCUUGAAGUUUGACUCACACGGCCCAUAAACAAUUGGAAUAUUUCAAAUUUGUCGCGAAGAAUUCUCGGGAUCCCGAGUCGUUAUCCUGUCUUUCGGCUCAAUUCGAGGCUCAGCCACCAAAAAUUUCGAGUAUCCUCGUGUUACUACCCGAGCCGGUUACUCUGGACACAUUGCGAAUGUUAAAUAUACCUUUCUGAUUCUCAAGUUGAAAAAUAUGUUAUACAGGGUGGCCCAUUUAACUUGAUAAUACGAAAUAUCUCAAAAGCGAAGAAAAAAUAUUUUGAGUUGGAGAAAGAAAUCUUUUGAAUAAAAAAUGUACGGUUUAAAGGAAGAUAUACAAUGGGUGCCCUUGGUUUGAUCUUGAAAUUCAAGUGUAUUCAAGGUCAGAUGAAGGUCAACUUAAUUUUUCCAAACGGAAC